AUGGAACCGCACAUGGUCCCGGACAUGGAACCGUACAUCGUCCCGGACAUCGUGCCGAAGCCGGCCCUGGGCAUGGAACCGGCGCUGGAUGCGUCCGACAAGACGACGAAGAAGAUGGGAGGCAUCAUUGACAUGCUGAUCUCCAUGAAGAAGGUGCAGUGUAUCUGCAACCGAGGGCUGUUAUGCCUGGCAUGUGGAGCUGCUUCAACAAGCAACUCCAGUGCUGAGAGUCAUUGCUCGGCAUGA